CGCGCCCGGCCUACUUCCGACUCCGCCGCGCGACGCUGCCCGCCGGGAGGCGGCGCCGGGCCUCCGCUCACCAGCACCAUGACGCCCAUGAGGACCCAGAAUGCCUUGGCAGGCCAGACCUACGCCGUGCCCCUCAUCCAGCCGGAGCUGCGGCGAGAGGAGGCCAUCCUGCAGGUGGCCGACGCCCUGCAGUACCUACAGAAGGUCUCUGGAGACAUCUUUAGCAGGAUCUCCCAGAGAGUAGAGCUGAGCCGGAGCCAGCUUCAGGCCAUCGGGGAGAGGGUCUCCUUGGCCCAGGCCAAGAUUGAGAAGAUCAAGGGCAGCAAGAAGGCCAUCAAGGUGUUCUCCAGUGCUAAGUACCCAGCUCCCGAGCACCUACAGGAGUAUGGGUCCAUCUUCACAGGUGCCCAGGACCCUGGUCUGCAGAGACGCCCCCGACACAGGAUCCAGAGCAAGCACCGUCCCCUGGAUGAGCGGGCCCUGCAGGAGAAGCUGAAAUACUUCCCUGUGUGUGUGAGCACCAAGCUGGAGCCUGAAGAUGAGGCCGAGGAGGGGCUCGGUGGUCUCCCCAGCAACAUCAACUCUGUCAGCUCCCUGCUGUUGUUCAACACCACCGAGAACCUGUACAAGAAAUAUGUCUUCCUGGACCCCCUGGCUGGUGCUGUUACAAAAACGAAUGUGAUGCUGGGAUCAGAGACAGAGGAGAAGCUGUUCGAUGCCCCUUUAUCUAUCAGUAAGAGAGAGCAGCUGGAGCAACAGGUUCCAGAGAACUAUUUCUACGUGCCCGACCUGGGCCAAGUGCCCGAGAUUGAUGUGCCCUCCUACCUGCCUGACCUGCCCGGCAUUGCUGAUGACCUCACAUACAGCGCUGACCUGGGCCCUGGCAUUGCUCCCUCGGCCCCUGGCACUAUCCCAGAGCUGCCCACCUUCCACACAGAGGUAGCUGAGCCCUGUAGGCCAGGCCUAGAAGAUGGGGUGCUAACAGCACCUCCACCUCCUCCUCCUCCCCCGCCACCUCCCCCAGCUCCAGCGGUGCUGGUCAAUGCACCCCCACCACCGCCCCCACCCCAGAUCAUCGCCUCUGCUAGCCAAGAUGCCAGGGAAGGUGACAGGGACAUGGUGUCUUCUUCAGCUCCAGUCCAGGGAGCUCCUAAGGAAGUGGUCGACCCUUCCAGUGGCCGAGCCACUCUGCUGGAGUCCAUCCGCCAGGCUGGCGGCAUUGGCAAGGCCAAGCUCCGCAGUGUCAAAGAACGCAAGCUGGAGAAGAAAAAACAGAAGGAGCAGGAGCAAGUGAGAGCCACCAGCCAGGGCGGGGACCUGAUGUCGGAUCUCUUUAACAAGCUAGUCCUGAGGCGCAAAGGGAUCUCCGGGAAAGGACCUGGGGCUGGAACGAGCGAGGGGCCAGGAGGAGCCUUUGCCAGAAUGUCAGACUCCAUCCCACCUCUGCCGCCACCCCAGCAGCCACCAGGAGAGGAGGAUGAGGACGACUGGGAGUCCUAGGUGCCCCUGCUGCCAAGCCUGCCCUCCCUGAACAGCGGGAUGGGGCUCAGCCAUGGCCCCAAGGGACAGAGUUCAUGGAAGGCUAUCCCAGGUCUGGGCCUGGCCCUUCCUCAAGUUGCCGACAGGCUGCCUUCUAAGGUCAGUGGCUGGGGGCAGCGUUCACGCUCUGCCCAGUCACCAGCGUGCUCCCCUCUUCCCUAAAGAGACGAAGAGAAAAUAGUACAAUAAAGAAUGACGCCAGGUCUGAGCACA